CUUUGUGUGUCAAAAAAGUGGGUCCCUUUGGUCGCCCCUAAUUCAACACAAUAAAAAAAGGAAAAUAAAAGCAAGGCGGUGGACCAAUCGUCUUUUUUUUUCGGUGAAUCCUUCCAGGUCCUGCUAUUUGCUGCAGGAAGUGAAGCAACUCUUCCCGGAGGGGCAGCACAGAAGACAGUGCCAGUGGUGUCUGAAUAAUUCGAUUUUGUGGAAGUCGGGCUGGUUCUCGCUAUUAUGUAGAUCUCGCCGUCGCCUUCGUUUUUUUCGGUCCUGUGCCUCCGCCGUGUGAAGUCGAGUCGCGAAAUCUUAUCGUGUGUUUUUUUUUACUGAGUUGAUUUAUUUUUUGUUCGGUUUUCUUUUUCGGUUGUGCUCUAUCGCGUGUGUGUGCUAAAGUUGUUUCGACUCGGAUUUAUGUAGAGUGUGGGAUUUCCUGUUUAAUCAGUGCACACAGAGGAGAACAGGCUUAAACUGAAGCAGCAGUAGCAGCAAAUCUCGAGUGGUGCGAGUGGAAGUUCUUUGUAGUCUGCUCUUCUGGUUCUGGUCCGGAAGCAGGAGCCACCCAGUGAGAGUGCACAACAGUCAACAUCGACGACAACGAGAACAAGGAGGGAGCUUUGCUAGGAAACGGAAGCCCUCGGAACAUUCAUGAGAAGAGAUGGGAAUAAAGGCCAGCACAGCAAAUGGUGGACAGUCCAGUCCUAGAGCUAGAACCUUCUCCACUAGCAGCAGUUCGGAUGUCGUGUCCGCCGGUGCAGGAGCGCCGUACGAAAUAUCCUCCGCCAGUCCGGAAACCGACAGUAGCUCCGCCGAGGAAAAUGCAGCGGCGAGUGCCGCGUCACUAGCGCUAGGUAGGGUCUACGCGGCCACAUCCUUGCCGGCACACAUCUGGUCAUUGAAUGGCAUCAAAUGUCCAGUGUGCAGCAAGUUUGUCAUGCCCGACGAUAUAGAGUGUCAUUUAGUAAUGUGCCUAACGAAACCUCGUUUGUCUUACAACGAGGACUGCUUAACGGAUGCCAAGGGUGAAUGUGUUAUAUGUUUAGAAGAUUUAUGUCCCGGUGAUAUCAUUGCUAGAUUACCAUGCUUAUGCAUCUAUCAUAAAGGAUGUAUCGACAAAUGGUUCGAGGUGAAUCGCAGCUGUCCGGAACAUCCGGGUGACUAGUGAAGCUAAAUUGGUUCGCGUCAAGUUCGGUUUUCUUUUUUUCUGUACUACGCAAGGACCCUGCCGUCGGACAGGUCAUCCUAGUUGGUCGCGCAGCACAGUGGGGACAGAGGGAACGGGGAAGAGUCUACACUAGUGGUUAGUAGUAAUAGUAGUAAUUAAAAAAUUGAAACAUUGAAAGAGAUCAAGCAACUGUGAAAGAGGAAGGACGAUGACGACGGACGUCGUCGCGUCGUUGGAUGGGAUGAUGAUGAGGGAAUGCUCGCGAGAGGGUUUUGAUUUGCUGGGCAAAUUGGAACCCUCGGGAAAGUGGAGUCAGUUAGCAUCAGGGCCACCGCCACCGCCAGGAACGAAGAGAUGAUUGUACCGGGGGGUGUUUCUUUUGUUAUAGUGAUAGUUUUUUACCUGAUUUUCCGGGGUGGCGAACUAGGGAAAAUAGCAACAAAGGCAAACAGACACGCAAUAGAAUCUUUACUUAGCAGCCACCGAAGUGCGGGGUGGUGGGCGAGAGACGCAGAGCAGAAGGAUCGCGGAAAAUGUGCAAGCUUUUUUUACUGUAUACUGCAAUAAAUCGAUGAGUAGAGGAAAUAGACUAAGCUAACGGAUGGGAAAAUUGAUUUUUUUCCGCGCGAAAGCAAAAUUAGAGUGACAACCAAAAGCAAACAACCAGAAGAACAAGCGCGUUCGAAUGAAAUAGCUAUAUCGAAACAAAACACACACCCAUAUUUAGGCAAUUAUAUUUUUAAAUCUACCGUCUCAGAAGUAGUUUUUCAAACACGAGUUUCACAAACCAGACAAAAAGCGUUUUAAUUUUUCUAUUUUUCUUACGCUCUCGAACUGUCCAUUGUUAGCUGACGUUUGUGUGAGCUAAAACGAAUCAUAUAAAAUAUACUAAGAAAAAAAUGUGGCCGAGGAUGUGUUUGUUGCUCGCGAGGAACGUCGCUUUGUAAAUAUUUCAAAUAAGUAAGUUUCAACCGAAUGGAGGAAAGAAAAGUAACGAUAAGAAACUAAACAAUUAGAUCUUAGCAAAGGGAAAACAAAAUCUAACUGAUUAAAAUAGUGAAUCAAAGAAUACAAAAAUAAAGCAAAUGAUGCGACAGACAGAACAGGAAGAAAUCAUAAGAAGAAAAUAUCUGUAAAUGAAAUUAUGUAGAGAUCUAAACGUGUUUGAAACAAACAAACAUAGUAAAGAAGAAAAUCGAGAAAUUACCGUUAACAAUCCCGCUACAUUCUUAAACAGCAACACACAGAAACAAUAGAGAAAAUAACAACAUCAAUAAACAGUCUUAAAAACAAAAACCGGCAGCAGUAUGUUAAGUGUAUAUGCAGCAAAACAAUAAAUAGCAAUUUUCCAACAAUUUCAA